CUACCAGAACAUGUUGCUCUUUCACUUAUAAAUAAUAUUUCACUAUCAAUUUUCAAUAUUUUUAAAUAUGGACAGAGUCCUCCAGUGGAACUGUAAAAGUAUAGUUCCUAAAAAACAUGAAAUUAUAUCUUUAAUUAAUUCACAUAAUAUUUUUUUACUAGCCAUAUCAGAAACUUGGUUAGUUCCAGGUUCCAAUUUCCGUAUGGCCGGUUUUAAUAUUCUCAGACAUGAUAGACAUGAUGGGUAUGGUGGCACAGCCCUUUUAAUUCGUAAUAAUCACAGAUUUUCUUCUUUGCCAAUCCCAGCUUUUAACUCGGAUAUUUUACAAGCAGUGGCUGCCCGAGUAGGUGAGGUAACAUAUCUAUCUGUGUACAUUUCAGAAAAGGAUUUAUCUGUUCUGCCUAUACUAGACAAAAUCAUUCAAUCAUUACCCAAACCAAUAGUAGUUCUAGGGGAUUUCAACGCUCACCACUUCUUAUGGGGAGCACCCAACGAUGAUGGCAUGGGAAAUGGCUUAAUGGAGAUAAUAAAUGAUCAUAAUCUUUGUGUUCUGAAUGAUGGGUCCCCCACUCGUCGCCCAGUUCCGGGUCAAGCCCCAAGUUAUGUUGAUAUUACACUUAGUUCAGCCAGUUUGUCUUCACUGUUAAACUGGGAAUGUUUAACGCUGUCCUGUGGCAGUGAUCAUUAUCCCUUAUUAAUUUCCUUGCCCUCUGGUAAAACAGGCACUUUUAAUCCACUACCGCCGUUAUUUAAGUUCAGAUUAAAUAACUAUGAUUGGGAACUGUUUAGUCAAGAAGUCGAAUCGAAAAUUAUGUCCCUUCCAAGUUUAUCUACUCUUGAUGAUUAUAACAACAUAAACAAGGCGUAUGAUAACCUUAUUACGGCAUACUUAGCAGCUGCAGAUAAACAUAUCCCCAAAAAGAAUGUUGCCCAUAAGAAAAUAUCUUCUCCCCCAUGGUGGGACAAAGAAUGUACAGAAGCUGUCAAUAAAAGAAAUGAUGCAGAAAAACUUAAUAAGCAAUGUUUGACCAUGCAUAGUUAUUUAUUUUAUAAAAAUGUUGAAGCGGCCACUAAAAGGCUUCUUCGGAAAAAGAAAAAAGAGGGAUGGAAAAGAUUUUGUUCCAAGCUUUCGCCUGAUUCGCCAUCCUCCCUAAUCUGGAAAAAUAUAAGAAUGUUUAGAUCUUCUUUUAUAGCCCCAUCUAGAAAUUAUACAUCGCAAGAAUGGAUUAAUCCUUUUUUGGACAAUAUCGCACCCACUAUGGUUCCUAAGUUUGACCAAUUGCCUUAUACAUACUCUUAUAUAUCAGAUAACUCUAAUAUUAAUAAUAACUUAGCGUGUUCAUUUUCUUUGCCGGAACUUCAAUUAGUAUUGAACCGGUUAUCAGACUCCACUCCAGGAUGUGAUGGUAUUCCUUACUCUUUCUUAAUUAAUUCAAAACCUAUAACCCUAUCAUAUUUACUGAAUUUAAUUAAUUCUAUAAUAGACACUGGUAUAAUACCUUCUUCCUGGAAACAUCAAAUUAUAAUACCUAUAUUAAAGCCUAACAAAGAUUCAAAUAAUCCUUUAUCUUAUAGACCUGUAGCGUUAUCAUCUGUUUUGGUAAAAUUAGCAGAACAUUUAAUUAAACAAAGAUUUGAGUGGUACGUAGAACAUAACAAUCUUUUGCCUUGCUCUCAAUAUGGGUUCAGAAGAGGUAAAGGUGUGUCCGAUAGCCAUGCCAUUUUUGCAACAGACAUUUUUUUGUCUUUUUCGAAAUCUGAAUCGGUUGUGGGAGCCUUUUUAGAUAUUCAAAGCGCGUAUGAUAAUGUAAACUUAAUUAAAUUAAAAGAAAAAAUGUCGGAUUUAAAAUUACCAUUAAAAUUUAUUGAUUUCAUUUUUAAUUUAUAUACUGGAAGGACUAUUUCUUUACAUAUACCUGGUUUUGAGGACAAAAUAAGAAAAGUUUGGAAAGGUAUCCCUCAGGGUUCUGUUCUAAGUCCUCUAUUAUAUGACAUUUAUACUUUCGAUCUCCAUUUAAAUGUUGAUCCUUCCUGUUCCAUCUUACAAUAUGCAGAUGAUGUCUUAGUUUACUCUGCUAACCGUGAUAUUAAAAUAGCAGCGGAAACUCUUAACGAUUCAUUAAACAAGUUAUCAUCCUGGCUCUCUGCCCAAAAUCUUUCGUUAUCUAAAUCUAAAAGUCUCAUAGUUGUUUUUACGCGGAAAAGAAAAGUUCCCACCGUAAAUAUUUCUGUUGAUGGAGAACGAAUACCAGUGGUUAAAGAGGCGAAAUUUCUUGGUCGCAUUUUUGAUUCUAGUAUGAACGGUAACGCUCAUAUCAACGACAUUGUAAGAAAAUGUGAGAAAAACAUAAAUAUUAUGAGAGCUGUAAGUGGCGUUUGGUGGGGGUCUCAUCCUGGUGUACUUAGGUUAAUGUAUAAUGCUUUGGUACGUAGUAUAUUAGACUUUGGCUCCAUAACUUUUUGUCUUGAAAACAAAGAACCUCUACAUAAAUUAGAUUUAUUACAACAUAAAAGUCUCAGGAUCGUUAUUGGAGCCAUGAAUAGUACUCCAAUAAAUGCUUUACAAAUAGAAUGCUCUGAACCGCCGCUAUCUUUGCGUAGACAAUACCUUUCUGAUAGAUUUAUAUUUAAAAUUCAACAAUAUCAUGGACACCCUUUAAUUUUAAAACUACAAAAUCUUUGUGAAGUUAUUAAUGGACGAAAUGCUUUCUGGCGUAACAGGAAAAUCCCUUACUUAGUUUCUAGCUAUAGAAGAUUUUUAGAACUACGUUGUUCAAUUCAUAAAUUUCAAUGCCACUCAACUUUUUCAUAUGAUUACGAGACUUUAAUGUUUGUACCCGAUAUCAAGUUAUCAAUAGAUGAUAUCCAAAAAGGAUCAAGCUCGGCAAACUCAAAAUUAGCCUCCUUUAUUAAAAACUUAGAACCUAAAUCGGAAGAUUUCUAUACUGACGCGUCUAAAUCCGUUUCCUCGGAUGAAAAAAGCGUAGGAGCUGCUUUCUUAAGACUCUCGUCAGGUCAUUUUCGUCUUUAUAAAUAUCCACAUCUUUCUUCAAACUUUGUUGGAGAAGGCAUGGCUGUCCUUGAAUGUGUCAAAUAUAUAAUUUGCAAUAAAAUAGAGAAUUCAUAUAUAUUUUCUGAUUCAUUGAGCUUUCUUCAGUCUCUUUUAUCAAAUCCAUUUAAAAAGAAACCUCCUUGUCCGCUUUCUCUUGAGGUUAAACUUAAAUUAAAAGAAUGUCAUGAUUCAAAUUUACGAGUCACAUUAGCAUGGAUUCCUGGCCAUUCGGGCAUCCAAGGAAAUGAAUUGGUAGAUGAUUUAGCUGCUAUGGCCGCAAGGCAGGGUAAUACAUAUAUUGACAAAGUGUAUACUCAAGACCUACUAGAAAAGCCUCGGGAGUAUCUUUUAAAAGAUUGGAACUCCCAGUGGGAAAAGUCUUGUUUAUCAAAAGGUGGACGAUAUCGUCGUCUUCAUAUCAAAAUUAAUUUAAAACCUUGGUUUUCUAAGUUUCAUUUCCCAAAAAAAGUAACAUCUACCAUAUCGAGAUUAAGAUUUGGCCAUUGUAGUUUACCCAGUCAUUUAUCGAGAAUUGGUGUCGUUGACUCAGAUGCUUGUGAACAUUGCAAUACCAAUGGAAACAUCGAACAUACAUUAUUUGAAUGUGUCAAAUACAAAUCCAAACCACUUUAUGAAUUCCUUAUAAAAUUUCGUGCUCCUCUCCCUUGUGACUCCUACACUAUACUUUCCUUUGUUGAUUUCAAAUAUACUAAAGCUCUUAUUUCUUUUCUAACCUUCCAUAAUAUUUUAUUAUAAUAUCUUUUCUUCUUUACAUUACUAUAUUUUACUAUAUGUAUAUAUUGCCCUAGUUCCUCCUAUACCGCCUAUUUCUAAAGUCCCUGCUCCUAUCCCUCUACACUGGAAUAUCAUGGCAACUCGACACCUCAAGAUGAAGUUACUAUGUCGCCUUUGGCUGACUCGACUCUGGCUAAAAUAAGCUUCCGAAUGAAGUUUGAUCGCCAUAUUGAAGAAAAAAAAAAAAAAAAUCUCAUAAAUAUUUAAUAGUGAUUGCCAAUUAAUUAAAAGUGUAAUAACAACAUCGAAUACGACCAAUAUGUCGAGCAAACCAGGAUUCGAAGAACUCCGCACGAAAUACAAAGAUGUACUUUCUAAAGCCUUUGCAACGAACAACAUUGACCUCAUCGAUUCUUUUUCCAAAAACACUGACGAAACUGACAGAAAAGCAGCUAUGGACCAAGCAUUUAGGGAUAAGCUACUUGAAUUACUUACUGAGGAUCAUAACACUCUUGAAAAUUUUGUAUCGUUCUGCAUAGAAUCAUGCAGGCGACUUAUGGUUACGCCAACAAUGCCUGUUGUAUUACUUGGCGAUAUCUUUGACGCCCUCACACUAAAUAAAUGUGAACAAUUAUUCUCAUACAUUGAAAAAGGUGUCAGUAUAUGGAAGGAAGAACUAUUUUUCGUGGCAUGCAAAAAUAAUUUAUUGAGAAUGUGUAAUGAUUUAUUAAGAAGACUUUCUCGAUCUCAAAAUACAGUUUUCUGUGGACGUAUUCUACUUUUUUUGGCAAAAUUCUUUCCAUUCUCUGAACGCUCCGGUCUUAAUAUAGUCUCUGAAUUCAAUUUAGAAAAUAUAACGGAAUUUGGUGUUGAUAAUUCAAGUACACUGAAAGAUGCUUUGGAAGAAGAAAUGGUUAUUGAUAAUGAAAAACAUAAACUGACUAUAGAUUACAAUUUAUACUGUAGAUUCUGGAGUUUGCAAGAAUUCUUCAGAAAUCCUAAUACUUGUUACAAUAAACUCCAGUGGAAGACCUUUGUUGCACACUCUGGUAGUGUAUUGUCCGCAUUCUCAUCCUACAAGCUAGAGACAGUUGAGCUGCAGAAAUCUAAAAUGAAUCGAUUGAAGCCAUUGACUGACGUGGAAAUGCAGGGUCAAGGCAAAGAGCAGCAUUACUUUGCAAAAUUUCUAACCAAUCAGAAAUUGUUAGAGUUGCAAUUAUCAGAUUCGAACUUCAGAAGAUGCGUCCUCAUACAGUUUCUAAUACUGUUUCAGUAUCUGAUGUCAACUGUUAAGUUCAAAACAGAAGCGCAGGAACUAAAAUCUGACCAGUCUGAUUGGAUUAAAGAUACAACCUCUCAGAUUUAUCGUUUGCUCGGUGAGACUCCACCGAAUGGGAAGAAAUUUGCGGAAUGCGUUAAAAGCAUACUAAAGCGAGAAGAACAUUGGAACAACUGGAAAAAUGAUGGGUGUCCAGAAUUUCAAAAACCCAAGCCACCGACACAAUUGGACACCCCUGAAGAUGUUAAGAAAUCACGCAAAAGGCGUCGUCCGGUCGGCGAUAUUGUUAAGGAAUACGAAGGACAGAAGAAAUCCUAUAUGGGAAACAAUGAGUUGACGAAACUCUGGAAUCUGUGUCCGGAUAAUUUAGCGGCCUGUCGCACGAAGGAACGCGAUUUCAUGCCUUCGUUGGAGUCGUACAUAUCGAGCGCUUGUGACGAGUCGGGGCGGCGGCGCACGGCGGAGGGGGGUUGGGGGUGGCGCGCGCUGCGGCUCCUGGCGCGACGCUCGCCGCACUUCUUCGUGCAAACCAACAACCCUAUAGGACGUCUCCCGGACUACCUCGAUGCUAUGGUCCAUCGCAUCACGAACGAGAUGGCCGCCAACGCUGCGGCCGCCACCACCGAGCAGUCGCCGAAAUCCGACGACAAGGCCAACAAGCCGGAUGUGACCGAGGAGGAAAUUAGUGAAGAACAAAUGGAGGCUGAUCUCAUAAAAGAAGGCGACGCGAAUGAUAUUGAACAGGUGCCCGACUCUACUCACGUCGGCGACGACGACUACGAGAAGUCGUCCAGGUCCCGCGUCACGAUGAUCACGCCCGCCCAGCUGGACGCGGUAUCGGCCCAGCUCUCGGACUGGAAGACGCUGGCCGUGAAGCUCGGCUACAAGCCGGACGAGAUCCAGUACUUCGAGACGGAAAACGCAACGGACGUCACGCGAGCCAAGAACAUGCUUCAGCUCUGGUUCGACGACGACGAAGACGCGUCGGUCGAGAACCUCCUCUACACUAUGGAGGGUCUGAAGAUGACCGAGGCCUGCGAGGCGCUCAGACGAGUUAUUUGACAUACAAUGAAACGUAGACAUAGAAGAAUAAAGUUUUAAAUUCGUAAA